UGCUUCACCUCCUUCUUCCGCUCUUCCCCCCCGAUGUCGUCCACCUUGCAGCAGACCACCGCGGGCAAGGUUCGCCAGUUCAUGGGAGCCGCGAGCAAGCAGGAGGCGAAGCAGGGUAUCAAGGUCGGGUCCGACAUCGACCGGUACAACAACCAGCACGACCUCCACGGCGGCGACGCCGAGGCGCGCAAGGAAGGGUACGCCGACCUCGUCAACACGUACUACAACCUUGCGACCGACUUCUACGAGAUCGGGUGGGGCCAGUCCUUCCACUUUGCAAACAAGUUUGCGGGCGAGACCUUCAACGAGUCCAUCACGCGACACGAGUACUACCUGGCCGCGCGGCUAGGCAUCCAGCCGAGCGACAGCGUGCUCGACUGCGGCUGUGGCAUCGGCGGCCCUCUCCGCAACCUCGGCCGCUUCACUGGCGCGUCGAUCACCGGAGUGACUCUCAACCAGUACCAGGUCGACCGCGGCAACGGCCUCUGCACCAAGGCCGGCCUCGCGCCGCGCUGCAAGCUCGUCAAGGCUGACUUCCACAAGCUCCCCUUCCCGGACAACUCCUUCGACCACGUCUACUCCAUCGAGGCCUGCUGCCACUCGCCUGAUCGCGCGGACGUCUACCGCGAGAUCUACCGCGUGCUCAAGCCGGGCGGCUGCUUCGUCUCGUACGAGUGGUGCCUGACCAAGAAGCACCGCGACGGCGACGCGCAGCACAUGCUCUCCAAGAAGCUGAUCGAGGAGGGGGACGGGCUGCCCGACAUGAUGUCGACGACGCACUGCGACGACUCGCUCGUCAAGGUUGGCUUCCAGGUCGUCGAGACGCGAGACGCGGCGCUCGACCCGAACCCGGGCGGCGAGGCGUGGUACGUCAUCCUCACGCCCUCCUUCUUCAACCUCUUCCGGCUGCAGUUCACCGCCAUCGGCACAUUCUUCAUCAACGUCUUCAUGACGUGCCUCGAGGCGCUCCGCCUCGCGCCCGCCGGCUCGGGCAAGGUGCGCGAGAUGCUGCGGCAGGGGCAGCUCGGCCUCGUCAUGGGCGGCGAGAUGGGCACCUUCACUCCCAUGUACUACAUCCACGCCAAGAAGGCCUAGAGAGAGACAGACGGAGAGAGCGAGCGAGAGAGUCAGGUCGCGUAUUGCUGCGGCACGCGCGUCCGCGUAACAGCGGAGCGUGUGCUUGCACGCCGUCGAUCAUGCACAUAGAGGCAUAGAGCACUUGUUUCCGUGUGAGUGGUACGAGACGUUGGGACAUCGACAUGGGGAUUUAGGGUGGCCCGGCAUCGCCGUGGUUUUCGUUCGCCAUUUUACAUGUACGUACUUCUGUCUGCCUACCUGCUACCGGCGUACUGUAUUGGUCCGUACAUUAUUGACUACCAUGU